UGCAUACACUCGAGGGAAUCAAAAACAUGUGAACAGCUGAAGUUCUACUCGAGACUACAUUGUGGGUGUGCCAUGCCCAAGAACAUACUUGUAUGUAUAUAAAAGCUUAGUUGGGUAGUCGGGAGCUCACUCACAGGCCACUCACCUAACUACCCUCGACGUACUUUACUCAUCAGGCAAACAAACAAAAAAAGCCCACCACAAGCAUAAAAACAAACUGGACAGCUCGCAACUCGAACCCACGACCUCUCCCCACCACCCCUACACAUAUAAUAUGAGAACAUCCUACCUUAAUAAAAAAUGCAAAAAAGCCAGCUACUGCCGAAGCAGUAGCCCAAGCUGAAACCCGCUGAGUGCAAUGCGGAUUUUAAACCUUGUAAUGAUGUGCUGGAAUGUGCUGGCAGAUGAAAGGAAAGGUUGUCACUUACAUUCUUCUUCUCUCUCGUAACUACGACCGAAGUCGUAGGCAGGCACUGGCCCGCUGGACCAGCUGUGUAGGUUCCUAUUUGGAUGGGAAUGAUUGCCGAUAUUUGGGUAUAUAUAGAACCUCAGAGAACCCGUGGGAUAGGUGAGAUUGCAGUAAAAAGGUGGCUGCCUUGAGCUU